AUGAAUGGGCGCCGGAAUUUUGCUGACGCUUUUGGGCUCCCUUGCGAGGUGAAUCCCUGCCUGAAAUUCGACUACAGCGAGCUGGUUUGUGACGAGGAGCGCACACCAACCCAAGUGUACAACUUGGAGUGUGUUAAGCCUCUUGAAAAGGGUGGGCUUCCUCGCUGGCACUUCGCAGAAGACACGAUGCGCCCGUUUGGCACUGGGCUCUUCGACAUCAUCAUCCGCAACGCAUUUCAGAAGGGUGCUGGCGGGUCGGCUACGGUGGUGAAGGCGUACCACAUCGCCUAUCUGCUUUAUCUGGUUGAAUAUUCAGUGGUGCACCACAAGGCACGUGGCAAACGCAUUCCUACAGAUGCGGAUGUGAAUGCAGCUGACAUUGCUUGCUACCACCGCAAGGUGAAGGCGGCCAUUCGCAAGACCCUCGUAGAGUCCCCGGAUGACCAGCUGCCUGCAUGGUCGGAGCAGUAUCAGGGGUGGGUGUUUGGACCCACCGAGACCGUGGUGAUCUCAGGCAGCGGCUUCCCUGACCUCGUCCCCGAUGGGGCUGACCCCGAUGCUGCAGAGAAGAAGGCGGUUGCUCUCCUGUUCGAGUAUGCCCAGGUGGAGCCCGAGAAAGGCAAGAAGAAGACAGGUUCCAACAACAGUGAUGCCACCAUGGAGCGUGAUCUCCUGGAUCAUGUGGGUGAGUGGGAGGAUGCGUAG